CACAGGGUGACUAUCUUGUUUAUGUACACACGACACAAACCACUCUACAUGAGUAAAAUAAGGUAGAGGCUGACAGAGUAAAAUGGCACAAUAUAAAGGAGCAGCCAGUGAGGCAGGUCGAGCAAUGCAGAUUAAAAAGCGAAGAGAACGGGAGCAGGAGGAAAUGGAGCAAAAGAAAAGGAAAUUAGAGGAAUCAUUAAAGAUAAACAAGAUUGAGAACAAAUUUGCUGUUCAUUAUGAUGCCGUAGAACAGCAACUUAAGAGUUCUACAAUUGGCUUGGUUACUCUUAAUGAAAUGAAAGCCAAACAAGAAGAUGUUGUGAAAGAGAGAGAGAAAGAACUAGCAAGAAAAAAGAAAGAACAAGAAAAGUUACUGAGGAAAGAAAUUGAGGCCAAACAAGCCAAGAAAAAGGAACAAAGAGAGAAGAUUGCAAAACUUAGUUUUUGUCCUGAUGAUGAGGAAGAGGAAGAAGAAGAGGAGGAAGAAGAAGAGGAAGAGGAAGAGGCUGAUGAAUCAAAUGGAAAUGACAAGGAAUUUAAGAUGGCUAAAAACCCUGAUGUUGACACCAGCUUUUUACCGGACAGGGCAAGAGAAGAUGCUGAAAAUAGACUCAGGGAAGAAUUGCGACAGGAAUGGGUAGCAAAACAAGAAGCCAUGAAAAAUGAAGAAAUCGAGAUCACCUUUAGUUACUGGGAUGGAUCAGGCCACAGACGGUCUGUACGUAUGAAGAAAGGGAACAGUGUGUAUCAGUUUCUCCAACGUGGAUUAGAAAUCUUACGUAAGGAGUUUAAUGAGCUACGUUCUGUAUCUGCGGAUCAUCUGAUGUACAUUAAGGAGGAUCUUAUCAUACCACAUCAUUACACCUUUUAUGAUUUUAUUGUUAAUAAGGCACGUGGUAAGAGUGGACCACUGUUUCACUUUGAUGUUCGUGAUGAUGUACGAUUGGUGAGUGAUGCAUCUGUAGAAAAGGAAGAAUCACAUGCAGGUAAAGUGGUAAUGCGAAGUUGGUAUGAACGCAACAAGCACAUCUUUCCAGCAAGUAGAUGGGAACCAUAUGAUCCUCAGAAGAACUAUGAGAAAUACACAGUUAAGGAUAAAAACAAGAAGAAAUGAAAACUCUUCCAUUACACCCUAAACUCUCAAGUACAAAUAUGUCUUCUGUUCCUGCUGUACUGCCAGAUAAUGGGAUGUUUAUAAUACUAAGGUAUUCUUAGAAUGUACAAACACAAAAACAAUACCCUCCUUCCA